AUGUCCGCCCCACCCUCGCCGCCCUCGCCGCACCCAAUCUCCGCCGCCUCCUCCUCCACCUCCUCCCAGCCCAUCUUCGACUGGCCCCCCACAAAUCCCAGCCAUGUAGCCCCCCUCGAUCCCUUCGACACCUUUGGCCCGCCCUCCUCCAGCUCAGAAGACGGCUUCAUGUCUGCGGCCAACCCCGCCCAGUCCCACCACCGCCCCGCCACAGAGCCCGGCGAACAUGACGAACGGCCACUCCACAGCGACUCUACCCCGGGCCCGUCUCUGCCUGCACCCACCUUCAGCAACCCCCCGCCAUACAGUAGAACAAUAUCGUCCCCUCUUCCUUCCCGCAUCGAGCUGCUGCAACAUCCUCACUCGGGAACCCCGGAUCUCAGACACACACAAGCGCAGCCUCGCCCAAGUCCGAUACAUUCGAUCUCGGAAGAGCUGGCAGACACCUUGCAGUCCACAAUCCAGACUCUUCUCCAUCUGCUGCCUCCCCACAUGCUCGACAAUGCGAAGGAACAAUACUCGGGAUGUGCCGUCCAGAUCCCCGCUACUUCUCUAUCAGCUCUCCUGACAUCUAUGAAAGGGCUCAAUUUUCUCUCGGCACAGGCCGAGACUCUGUUCGACCCCAGUGCCACCGAAGAACCUCAGACUCUCCAGAAACAAGAUUUCGAUGUCGGCGAACUGCUACAAAGUGUCGCCGACAUGCUGAGCGGAGACGCGUGCAAGAAGAAGAUCGACUUUGUCCUGUUCCAUGGAGAUGUUGGGCUGAAGCAUGUCAGCGUCAAUGGAGAUUCAGGCGGUCUAGCAUAUGCUCUGGGACAUGUUAUACGACAAUUACUUGCUGUUGCGAGCGUCAACGACACCAUCGAACUCGGCCUCCAGAUAAUACCCCAAUCCUCGUCGCUACCGACCUCUGUAGAUUUAUCACUGCCAUCCUCCGAUGUUGAUUGGGGCGGUCGGCGCAACUCGUCAGUUUCAGACCCCGCAACUGUCGUCUCUGAAGCCGAUGAUCAGGCCGAUGGUCCUUUGCUGUGUAUCUUUGAGAUCGUCCACAACAUACACCAAUCAGCACCCGGCUCAGCAUCCGCUACCCCCAAGGCAGAGCUGAAUCCUUUCACUCGCCUGGCCGAAGACAGCGCAGCCGCAAAACCCAACCUCGAUACAAUCUUUUGUCAACGCCUCCUUCAAAGGCAAAAUGCCUUGCUCAGGUCAGAUGUCCAGCCGUCAUCGCCGCUUGGGUCUGGAAUGCCUCGUCGAGCCUACGAGCUGUCGGUGCUGCUCCCCAGAGGCAAGCCAAUCAUUGAGCCACCACCGCUUUCUGCAGAAGAACAAGCCGUCCGACAGCCCUUCUCGUCCCUCGAACUUGCACGCGAACCAACCCUCCUAGAAUUACAAGAAUUCACAGAAUCGCUACGGGGUAGAAGAGUUGCCGUCCAUGCCAAUCUCAGCAGUGUGUUCGCUCGCCACCUCACGAGCUACCUUGCCGCUUGGGGAAUGGACAUUUCCCACAUGUCCAUCGGGGAUGGUGAUGAAGGUGGUGACAGGGAAAAGUGGUUUGCUGCCACACGGUCAGAUUCGGGAUAUGGAGGCUCUGUGGGGACGACUCCUACCGGAGAACCGUAUCAUGCUACUCCCAAUGCGGCGGGACAAAGAGCUCAUUUCGUGAUUAUCGACGACGAUGUGGUCGUGCUGAAAAAAGAGCUUGCCCGACUGUGCUCGGAUCUCGCCCGUCCAGCAAACAAAUCCCGAUUUCCAGAACGCCCGACGAUGGUCUCACGAACAAAGUCGACCCCCUCUAUCCGUCAUCUCGGACAACAUCCUGUCACAAAACCAGCGCGAGUGGUCUUGAUACACUUCACAUCGCUUACAAAUUAUAACCAAGUACGAGAUGCGAUCGCUGCCCUGGUGGGAUCGCCGGUGACUACCAGCUCUGGGGUCUGCCUUCAGCCGGAAGUGAUGGUCAUACCGAAGCCCGUUGGUCCCCGCCGAUUCCUGACUGCUCUUCGCACGGCUGUCGUUCAACCAACCGUGGACCCAUUCUUCUCCCCUAUCGCAACGUCCCCCCGAUCUCCUGGGGGUGAAUACUUUGGUGGGCAUAUUCCCAUUCCUAAAGAACGACAGACGGGUUUCUUUGAUUCUGUCGCUGAAGAGCUUAAUGAGGAGCCUUCCAAAGAAAAUCUCAGUUCACAGAAGGCUAGAUCUCCCCUGGGCGAAGUCCCUCCCUCUGCUGCGCAGCUGGUUCAGACGGACCAUGGCUUACAUCUCUCACUCCCCACCCCUGGCGAGAUUGUGGCGACUCCAGCUCAACAGUACUUUUCACAGACCCCCGCCAGAAAUACCGCAGCUUCAGGUGUGGUCAUCCAGAGCCCAGACGGGAGACCUUACGGAAUGUUCUUUGAGCCUCCAAACAAGAGCGAGAGACGCGGGUCUACCCAUCGGGUGCCUUCCGAGACUCAACGACGCAUAUCGGCCAAUCGCCGUGCAUCUACGGGGGAUGAACUGUCCGUUGCACCUAAUACGGCUCCUCCUAUACCACGAAGAUCAUCCACCAUAUCCACAGCUGCCACCGAAGAGAGGCGGAAUUCGAUCGGGUCGGGCAAUGCUUCGGACAGGCCCACCCACUCGCGGAUGAACUCUCGGCGCACGAACAAUCUUCCAGCGACGCAGCAGCCUGUCGUGGCAGUCGGCCGGGCAAACAGCCGUGGACGGGUAGGCACAGUCACAAAUUCUGCAGCAAGUUCCAAACCAGACACCCCUCCUAUCGAUAGCCCGAUUGUGCAUUCGCCUUUCGAGGUCAGCAGGGAGUCAAUUUUGCCGAAAGUAGACCAGGAGAAGGUGGUGCCAGAGAAGACCGAGCAAGCUGAACGGCCGGAGAAGGUGGAUAAGCCCAAGAGGGCGCUGUCUGCAAAAGCAGAGUUACAAGCAUCGAUCGCAAGUUCAACGGCUGCUAAAAAGGCUUCUGCCAAAGCGGACGUUAUUGUUCCACCGAUCAACGUUUUGAUAGUCGAAGAUAAUCCUAUCAAUCAGAACAUUCUGAGCAAAUUUCUGCGAAAGAAAAAGAUCAACAAUCAGUCGGCAAAGGAUGGUGCCGAGGCGGUGGAAAAAUGGCGGACCGGUGGUUUCCAUCUCAUCCUGAUGGAUAUUCAACUACCUGUCAUGGACGGCAUUGCUGCCACGAAGGAAAUCCGAAGAUUGGAGCGCCACAACAACAUCGGCGUCUUUCCCUCUACCCCUGCUGGAGAACAUUCUCGUGGCCCCUCUGUAGGCAGCGCGUACUCUCCAUCACCUGCGACACCUUUCCGCUCGUCCGUCAUCAUCGUGGCCCUGACUGCCUCAAGUCUGCAGAGCGACAGGGUGGCGGCAUUGGCAGCAGGGUGUAAUGACUUUUUGACAAAGCCUGUCUCGUUGAAAUGGUUGGACAAGAAGAUUGUCGAGUGGGGAUGUAUGCAGGCGUUGAUCGACUUUGACGGCUGGAGACGGUGGAAAUCCUCAGACGCUAGCGAGACUCGUCAAGGAUUCUCGGUCGGCCCACAACAAGCGGCCAAGUCUCUAGCCAGCCGCUUGCGUAUUGAGCGCAAAAAUUCUCGCCCCUUGAUUCCCUCUGCCCCGAAAGUAUCCGUUCAAGUCCCCACCCCUUCUCCUGGCCUCACUCCAUCCCUAUCCACCACGACCUCGCACACCCCCAAACCGAGGCUACCACCACUAGCCACCGCCGACCCCGCUCCUUUCCCAUCGCCGAAAGCAUUGGGACAGUCGUUAGACCAGGUGUUUGAGCAAGCAGAUCAGAGGUUGGAGAAAGCAAGGGAGGAAACGGGUAUCAAAGGGUCAGGAGAGAGGGAUCAGGAGGCUUCUGCGUCCGAAGAGAGUACAUUGAUCGUGGGAGGGGCGCCAAAGGCUGCCGCAGAAAAGCCGUUGCCACCAUUACCCAAUCAAUUGUGA